AUGGAUCCAAAUCAUCCCUCGGACCAAGAGGACGACUCUCGGGAGUCCCCACCAGAGAGGACAGGGCAAAGGCGUGGCAUGCCCAGUGGGGGGCUAGAGAAGAACCCCAGCAUGGAGCCGGCCGCCACAACACUAUUCCGUGUCACGGGGUUCCUGAGCCGCCGGCUAAAAGGCUCCAUCAAAAGGACAAAGAGCCAACCCAAGCUUGAGAGAAACAGCAGCUUCCGGCACAUUCUGCCUGGCUUCAAGAGCGUGGACAAUGAGAGCAAAGAAAAGAAAAGAAAAAUGGGAGGAGGCAACUAUUUUGUAGUACUUCCAAUUUUGACAAUGGAUUCUGAGAAGUGCAUUUCGCUAGAUGUGGAAUUGGAUGACAUUCUUUGCAACAUCUCUUCUGCUCAGCAUACAAAUCUGUCCCUCCUGGGUGAGGACUUGUUUUACUAUCCAUUCCUAUAUGCAAUUCCAACUAUUUAUGGGAUCAUCAUUUUGAUAGGGCUAGUUGGCAAUAUUACACUGAUCAAAAUCUUCUGUACGGUGAAGUCCAUGAGAAAUGUCCCUAACUUGUUCAUUUCAAGUUUGGCUUUUGGAGAUUUGCUUCUUUUGCUCACCUGUGUUCCUGUGGAUGCCAGCAGGUACCUGUCAGCUGAAUGGCUGUUUGGUCGGGUUGGAUGUAAACUUAUCCCUUUCAUACAGCUCACUUCAGUGGGGGUGUCUGUCUUUACACUCAUGGCUCUUUCUGCUGACAGGUAUAAAGCUAUAGUGAGACCAAUGGAUAUCCAAGCUUCCCACGCGCUGCUGAAGAUUUGUUUGAAAGCGGUCAUGAUCUGGAUUUUAUCCAUGCUGCUUGCUAUUCCUGAAGCUGUGUUUUCAGACUUGCGUCCUUUCUAUGACAGAGGCACUAACAAAACUUUCAUUAGUUGUACACCCUACCCAUUUACGAAUGAGCUGCAUCCGAAAAUUCAAUCAAUGGCUUCCUUUCUCAUCUUUUACAUAAUUCCCCUAUCUGUUAUUUCAGUAUACUAUUAUUUCAUUGCAAAAAAUCUGAUACGGAGUGCUUACAACCUGCCAGUGGAAGGAAAUGUACAUGUUAGAAAACAGAUGGAAUCUCGAAAACGCCUAGCCAAGACAGUGCUGGUUUUUGUCUGCAUCUUUGCUUUCUGUUGGCUCCCUAACCAUAUCAUCUACUUAUAUCGAUCAUACCAUUAUUCAGAGGUGGACACUUCUGUCCUGCACUUUAUCACCUCUCUCUGUGCCCGAAUCCUGGCAUUUGCCAACUCUUGCAUAAACCCUUUUGCACUCUAUCUGCUCAGCAAAAGUUUUAGGAAGCAGUUUAACCACCAACUAUCAUGUUGCAAAGCCCAGAUCUCCUCCUGUCCUCCAUCCGCUCCCUAUCAGACCUCCAUUGACGCUCCAGAGCAUAUGACUUAG